CAUUGAGGGUCGUCGUCGUCAACGAUCCCACCAGAAUUCUGGCUUCCUGAUCCAAUCAGCCCGCUCGUGAAUCUGGCCAUCAGCCGCCGGUGCCUGCAAAAGGGAGUUCUGCGACUGUUCCCUCAGUCUGCCAAGAUCAGGACGGGGGCUAGCUGGUCAGAAAAACCAGUAGUAUUAAAGUCAGCGUUGACACCGUUGGCAGGGGAUUCCCGAAUUUACCCGCAUAUCACUAGCUCGGCGGCUGGAGGCAGUGGAGUGACAUCUCUAUCUUCCCCAACAUCACCCAUGUCUCCCCCCCUCCUGGCCUCCCUCUUAUCUGCUAACGUUCAGUGGGCCGAGCGGACCAACGAUGCUCACCCAGACUUCUUUGGUCAGUGUGCCAAAGGACAGUCCCCAAAGGUUCUCUGGAUCGGCUGCGCAGACUCACGCGUCCCAGAGUCUGUCGUGACCGAUGCGAAGCCGGGCGACAUUUUCGUGCACCGUAACAUAGCCAACCAGUUUCAUCUCCACGAUGACAGCGCUCUCUCCGUGCUCACAUACGCAGUCCAUGUCGUAGGCGUCGAACACGUCAUUAUUGUCGGACACACCCACUGCGGUGGCGCUGCCGCAUGCUUGGAGGCCGCCCAAGCCCAAGCCUCCAACUCUCCUCCUACCGUUUCCCCAGACACUCCCCUCGGCCGGUGGCUCGCCCCUCUGAUUAACCUCGUCACAACGCUUGAUCUCGAGACCCUACCCGCUGAGGCUCACUUAGAAGCCAUCGUCGAAGCCAAUGUGAAACGUCAGGUCGAGAACGUGUGUGCGACAGACGUGAUCAAGCAUACCUGGGCUGCAGCCAUGGGUGGCGAAGGCAAGGAGAAGAAGCAGGUGUGGGUGCAUGGAUGGGUGUACGACGUUGCGAGCGGGCGGCUCAAGGACUUGGGUGUAUCUCGUGGGCCGCAACCUCAGUGAGUGAGUUGGUGAAUGCAUAUAUGAGGCAGUGGUGGAACGUGGUGUAUUAGAGAUAUAUUGUCAGCAUUGUACGAGAGUCUGACAUCUGAAAUAGAUUUAUUGUGGUCACAAAGCAGCCGGAUUGGUCCGGCAAUGGUCAAGGUCCCUCUUACAAUGUCAUCCUUAACCUACAUUAAAGAGGGGGCUGGUGACGCCUGCCUGCCAACUGCCACCA